AGCUCCCUCCAGCUCCGGCCUGGCCUGAAGAGUUUAUGCUAGCCACCAGCAGGCUCAGGUCCUCAGCUCCCAGGCUGCCGCCUUGCCAUGGCCACGAGGGUAGACAGUAGGCCCAGGGGGCUCCCCGGCAGUGGCUGUGACCUGGGCACAGCCCGGGAACACAUGCAAGCGGUCACCCGAAACUACAUCACCCACCCCCGUGUCACCUACAGGACCGUGUGCAGCGUCAAUGGGCCCCUGGUGGUGCUGGACCAGGUCAAGUUUGCACAGUAUGCUGAGAUCGUCAACUUCACCCUUCCCGAUGGCACUCAGAGAAGCGGGCAGGUGCUGGAGGUGUCUGGGACCAAGGCAAUUGUUCAGGUGUUUGAAGGAACCUCUGGGAUCGAUGCCCAGAAGACCACCUGUGAAUUCACUGGGGACAUCCUACGGACUCCAGUGUCAGAAGACAUGCUGGGUCGGGUCUUCAACGGCUCUGGCAAGCCCAUUGACAAGGGGCCGGUGGUCAUGGCAGAGGACUUCCUGGAUAUCAAUGGCCAGCCCAUCAACCCCCAUGACCGCAUCUACCCGGAGGAGAUGAUUCAGACGGGCAUCUCUCCCAUCGAUGUCAUGAACAGCAUUGCCCGUGGUCAGAAGAUCCCCAUCUUCUCAGCAGCCGGGCUCCCCCACAAUGAGAUUGCCGCUCAGAUCUGCCGCCAGGCUGGGCUGGUGAAGAAGUCCAAGGCUGUGCUGGAUUAUCAUGACGACAACUUUGCCAUUGUCUUUGCGGCCAUGGGGGUGAACAUGGAGACAGCCAGGUUCUUCAAGUCUGAUUUCGAGCAGAACGGUACCAUGGGGAAUGUCUGCCUCUUCCUGAACUUGGCCAACGACCCCACGAUCGAGCGGAUCAUCACCCCGCGCCUGGCACUGACCACUGCUGAAUUUCUCGCCUACCAGUGUGAGAAGCACGUGCUGGUCAUACUGACCGACAUGAGUUCCUACGCAGAGGCCUUGCGGGAGGUCUCAGCCGCCAGGGAGGAGGUGCCGGGCCGUCGAGGCUUCCCGGGAUACAUGUACACAGACCUGGCCACCAUCUAUGAGCGGGCAGGCCGCGUGGAGGGCCGGGGAGGGUCCAUCACUCAGAUUCCCCUCCUCACCAUGCCCAAUGACGAUAUCACCCACCCAAUCCCAGACCUGACGGGCUUCAUCACAGAGGGACAGAUCUACGUGGACAGACAGCUUCAUAACAGACAAAUCUACCCCCCCAUCAAUGUGCUCCCUUCCCUGUCGCGGCUGAUGAAGUCUGCCAUUGGGGAGGGCAUGACAAGAAAGGACCAUGGAGACGUCUCCAACCAACUGUAUGCUUGCUACGCAAUCGGGAAGGACGUGCAGGCCAUGAAAGCAGUGGUGGGGGAGGAGGCGCUCACUUCGGAGGACCUGCUCUAUCUGGAAUUUCUGCAGAAGUUCGAGAAGAACUUCAUCAACCAGGGCCCCUACGAGAACCGCUCGGUGUUCGAGUCCUUGGACCUGGGCUGGAAGCUGUUGCGCAUCUUCCCCAAGGAGAUGCUGAAGCGCAUCCCGCACAGCGUGCUCGAUGAGUUCUACUCCCGCGAGGGGGCGCCGCAGGACCCCGCGGCCGACACUGCGCUCUAGCCCCGCCCACAGCCGGACCCUGGAGCUCGUCCCGGAAGCCCCGGUUCUACCCCGGUUCUACACACGCCUCCGUGUCUUCCAAGGUCCCACACACCUGAACCAACCGCUUGAGUGCCCACUGUCAGCUACCCACC